AUGGAACAUCUGAAGGACACCGAGCUCUCCACCGUGGAGGUGGAUAAUGGUCCACAGGGUGAAACACCCCAGGUCGAGGUCUUGGACAAGACUGAGCAGCCGAUUGCCCCAGACCAGUUCGAUGAAAAUUAUCGCACAACCCGGAAUGAGAUCUGGGCUUAUUAUGCCUAUUACAUCGGCAACAAUGGGCUGUCACUCUUCAACUUUGCGCCUACUGCAUUCCAGAACCUGCUUUAUCAAGCUGCCCCCUACGAUGGUAUCAUGAAGUUCCUCGGGCGUCCGCGCUCAAUCAACAGUAUCGUGCUGCUCUCCAAUGGCAUUUCCUUUGCGAUCCAAGUAGUCGUGUUCUUGGUUAUCGGUAGCUUUGCUGAUUUCGGUAACUGGCGACCGAACAUUCUCAUCGCGCUGUCUAUUAUCGCAUGGGCUAUCGGCUUUGGCUGGUUGGGGGUUCACACUUCGGAUAAAUGGCAGGUUGGCGUCGGACUCUACAUUGUCGGCCUGAUCGCCUACCAGACAACAUUGACCUUCUGGACUGCCGCCUUCCCAGGUCUGGCACGCAAUACAGUUGAGAUGAAGGAAAAGGCCGAUGCUUACGUCGCUGGGACAAUCACGCGCGAGCAGUAUGACUAUGCCGAUACGAUGAUGCGUAGCCGUUUGGCGAACAUUGCCUUCUAUAUUCAAUCAGUAGGCGAAAUCUUCAUCCUGGCUAUUAUAGUGGGAAUCAUGUUCGGAUUGGACGUGAAUGCCAGCCAGGCCAACAACAACUGGGGUCUCAGUGUCUUGAUCGCGUUUGUUUCCGGAGUCUGGUUGCUUGUUUCCUUGCCAUGGUUUUUCCUGGAGAAGCGUCGUCCAGGCCAGGAUCCUGGCAAGCGGGGGAUUCUCAUUGCAGGUGUAUGGCAACUUUGGGACGCCAUGAAACAGAUCUGGCAAUUGAAACAGAGUCUGAUUUAUCUCAUCGGCUAUUUCUUACUUGGAGACUCCUUGAACACUACUGUUACCGUGAUUUCAACUUUGCAGAAUAGCAUCGUUGCAUACAACACUCUCCAGCUGACCUACCUUUUGAUUGUCGGCAUUGCGGCACAGGCGGUCGGCAUUUACGCAUUCUGGUAUAUCCAGCAGCGCUUCCACUUGGGAACCAAGACCAUGUUCAACACGAUUGCCGUCGCCAUCAUUCUUCUCGAUGGCUGGGGUAUGAUCGGUAUCUGGACCGACAAGUUCGGCUUCCACAAGGCGUGGGAAGUUUGGGCCUACCAAGCAUUCUACGGACUUUUCAUUUGCCCUUGGUACAGUUACUCCCAGAUCAUGAUCUCUGAAGUCACUCCCCGCGGCCACGAGUUCUUGUUCUUCAGUCUAUUCAGUAUCAUCGGCAAGACUUCAUCAUUCAUUGGCCCCCUCGUCUCAAGCGCUAUCAUUGACGCCAGUCCGACCGGCGACAAUUCAGCACCCUUCUACUUCCUUUUCGCCUUGAGCGUUGUCAGCUUUGGCAUCAUGGCCUUUGGUGUCGACCUUGGGAAGAGCCAAGUAGAGCAGGAGAAAUUCCUACAAGAUAAGAAGCGACGCCUUGAGGACUCGGCAUCUUCGUCGACAGUGUGA